AUGCACGAGGAAGAUGUGGAUGGUGAAGACAUAAAUGAUGAAGAAUCCAAAGAACCAGAAGACCAAGGGACUAUUGAUUACUCAACAGUCCAACUUGGCUGUGCCUGUUCUAUAAUUACCUCAGCACCCUGAUAGAAAGAGAGCAAGAAAUCGUCUACAGAUGCCACACACUUGCGAAAAAUAUUGGAAGUACAUCCUAAAGGGAAAGAUAUAGAAGUACUGCCAGAAGAUGAGGAACAGAUGGUUUAGACAGAGUGGUUGGAUAAGAAGCUCGAAACAAGAUGGUCGGGGAGUGUUCAUUCCUCGUUUAUUUAUCUCUGGACAAAAUCUAUUCCUAAAAUUUGUCACCAAACAGAGAGUGAGGACAGAUGAAGUACCUUCCCUCGGCCCUGAGGCCAUCACCAUAGUGAAGAACAUCAAGGAAUUAAUCUCAGCCUGGCGCAAAAUGAGUGGCAUCGACACUUAUCCACAAACAACCGAGAAGAUAUUAAAGACAUGUGAUCAUAGAUUGACAAAUGAAGAUUUGGAGGACUUUAGGUAAAGUAACGCAGUCCUGGAAAUAGUGGAUUUGGUUGAUAAAGCAGUUCAUUGUUCUUCAAUAUCAACAUGAGGAAACCAUAUGAUCAUUGCUUUCUUCUGUGCAUAAAAAAAAUCUAGGCAACUCGUAUACAGUAUGCUCAGAAAGCCUCAGCCUCGAAUCAAGUAAGUAGAGUGGAAACUGGAAAUUUAAACCGAAAAUGAUAGGCUUUACAGCGCCUACUGAUUGUCAUCCGACUGGUCCCUUUUCUCAGGAGAAUGCGACUGGCUUACAAAGGUUUUUGACAAGCUCAAGUACAAACAUCAUUUCCAGCUAUAAUUUUACCAUACACAGGAAGACGAAAUGUGAAAUUUUCUUCGAAAAUCAUAUGCCAACCCCUUUGGAAAAAGUACAUAAAAGUUUGGGCUGGAUAAACAGUGAACUUAAAGCCAAUCUAGAAAUUGCUGAGCUGGAUGCAGCCAGAGGCGCUCUACACAUGCAGCAAUUUUAUGCAGUAUACAGCCACAGAGAAGACCUUAAUUUCAUUUGAAUUAGGGAAAAAACUAAUUUGGGAGAACAGGCCACUGCAAAUCGGUGGAAUCCAUUCCUGAUACCUUAAAGGAAAGCAGAACAGUUGAAAUUUCUUUACUUGAAGAUCAUGAUUCAAAAAGAGAACAAGAAGAGACCACAAACGAGAUAAGCGUUAAACAAGGCCUCCUUACACUUGCACAAAUCAUCAUUCAUGAGCUUCCAAUGAAGACACAAGACAUCAGCUCUAAAUAUAUAAAUAAUAAAUAAAUAAAUAAAUAAAUAAAUGGUUUUUGGAACUGCUAAAAAUCUUACAAUAUGGUCAACCUACGAAUUUAUAUAGAUGAUAUGGAAAGCACAACUAAACGGGGCUAGAAUUAAAACCUUCAAUGUCUUGAAAAGAACCUAACAGCUCGCCCUCAAACUUGGUACAUCAUAUAGCCUUGCCAGUCACUGUGACCUACGGGGAUUAUGCAAAAGAGCUGUCAAUCACAUAGAAACGAGGCUAGACUUUAACCCUAAAUACUUUUUGAAGAGGAUAUAAUGGUUUACACAAGGGUUAGGGUAGGAAAGAGCUAAUUUUAAGCGUUUUUGGUGACAACAGUUUUAUUUGUUUAUGCAUUACAAGCUAACAUGCUGAACGAAACAAUAAACCAGAAAAUGGUGGAAAAAGCCUUUGCUGGCGACAAGGGUGCCAUGUACUAUUUUCAUCUUAUUGACAUUGCCUCACAAUUUCAAACAUGAACGAGAAGAGACACCAAACGAGAAAAACAUUAAACAGGGCCUCCCUACACUUGCAAAAUUCAGCUUUCAUGAGGUGCCAAUGAAGACACAAGACACCAACUCUAAAUAUAUAAUUAAUAAAUAGAUAAAUAAGUGGUUUUCGGAACUGCUAAAAAUCUUACAAUGAUGGACCUACUAAGUUAUGGAAAUGAAAUGCAAAGCACAUCUAAAUGCCGCUAGAAUUUAAUGUCUUGAAAAGAAUUUAACGGCUUGCCCUCAAACUUGGUACAUCAUAUAGCCUUGCCAGUCACUGUGACCUGGGGGAUUAUGCAUUAGAGCUGUCAAUCACAUCGAAACGAGGCUAGGCUUAAACCCUAACUAUCUUGGAGAGGAUUUAAUGGUUUUGAUAAGGGUUAAGGUAAGAGAGAGAGUCAAUUCCAAAUGUUUUGGUGUCAACAGUGUUAUUUCCUUAUGCAUUAGGUGCUAAAACGCUGAAUGAAAGAAGAAAUAAAAGAUGGUGGAAAAGGCCUUGGCUGGUGACUAGGAUGGCAUUUACUAUUUUCCUCUUGUUGACAUUUCAUUAUUCGGAACACGAACAAGAAGAGACAACUAACAAGAUCAGCCUUAAACAAGGCCUCCUUACACUUGCACAAAUCAGUAUUCAUCAAUUGCCAAUGGAGACACAAGACACCAAACUCUAAAUAUAUAAAUAAUAAAUAAAUAACUGGUUUUUGGAACUGCUAAACAUCUUACAAUAUGGUGGGCCUGCUAAUUUACGUAAAUAAUAUGGAAAGCAAAUCUUAACGGGGCUAGAAUUAAAACCCUCAAUAUCUUGAAAAGAAUCUAACGACUCGCCCUCAAACUUGGUACAUCAUAUAGCCUUAUCACUCACUGUGACCAGGGGGGAUUAUGCAAAAGAGCUGUCAAUCACAUAGAAACGAGGCUAGACCAUAACACUAACUAGAAAUAUGUAUCUCGCAAUAACCCUUGCGAAACUUGGUUUGGUAACGACACUAAAGUUAAUCCCUGUCGGUCAGGGUUAAGACCUGGAUGGAUGACCUAACAUGAAUAUCGUUGUGAAGGUCCAAACGUUGUUCUUUGUUUUCUUCUUCUUCUUUUUUGUGUAUUGUGUGGUGUUAUUGUUAAAAGUGUAUUGAAAAGCAUAUUUAGUAUCAUUUCGGCAACUGGAUUUAAAAAAAAAAAACAAAAACAAAGCACAAAUGUGGCAGUGCAGUUCGCAUGAAAAUUAUUACCCUUUGGGCUGUAGUACAGGGCUGAAACUUAUAUCGGCAGAGACACCGGCAAACUAAUAAAUGUGGGUUUUCCACAGUGUAAAACGAUCAUAAUGCCUCUGAUUCCAGUCUACUGUUCCUCUGUUCCUCUGUCUCUAGUUGUCAGCAUUGCCUUCACUGUGCUAUGUGAUGUACUCUCUGCUCCACAGUUUCCUGUUGACCUCUUCUCCCUCAUUGUUCACGCUGAAUUUGAAGUUGGCAUUCUCACUCCCUAA